AUGAAUCUGAUGUAACUUACUUUAACAAUAUUUUUGACUUUACUUUACUAACUUGAAGGUCAUUAGAUCUUGAAGAAUUUUUAGAUUAUUAGAAAAUUAUAGGAUAUAGAAUAAUGUUAGACAAAUCAGUUUUUGGAUAAUGACAUAUGUCAAGGUUAAUAUUCUUAAUAUGAUAUAGACUGUCACUAUUCAUGUUGGAAAUGUUCAUCUAGCAGUUCUUCUAAUUGUUUAGAAUGUUUGAGCGAUAGUAAUCGAUUUUUAGAGAAUUCUGUUUGUAAAUGUUAAGGGAAUUAUUAUGAUGAGAAUAAUGAAUUAUUUUGCUAGCGUAUAUAUAAAUUGAAGUUAGGUUGUCGUUUUCCUUGUUUAAAUUGUUAAGGAAAAUAGAAUAACGAUUGUCUAAGCUGCUAAAAUUAAAUGAUUUUAUUUGAAAAUGAAUGCAAAUGUGGAGAGCAUUAAUAUUUUAAUUAUGUUAAUUUCUUAUGUGAAGGUUUAAAAUAAAAUAUAUUUGAAAUAGAUUGUCAUCCUACUUGCUCAGAAUGUAAUGGAUCUUUAAAUUCAAACUGUCUAAUAUGUAAAUAAGAUUAAAAUACUAUUUUACAAUCUAAUAUUUGUAUAUGUAAAGAGGGAUAUUACAAAUCAAGUGUUGACAAUAAUUGUUAUGGUAAAAUAAUAUAUUAAUUUAAAGAAUGUCAUUAAAAUUGUAAAACAUGUUCAGGACCAGCAAAUAAUGAAUGUUUGAGUUGCAAAAAUAAUAAAAGUGGAAGUUCCUGUACUUGUUAAAUUGGAUAUUAUGUAUCUUAAUUGAUUCCAAAUUCUUAAGUUUGCUUUAGUAAGAAAGAUGAAAUAAUUUAUAGAAUGUCAUCCAACUUGUUAAAGUUGUUAAGGUUCAGGAGGAGAGUUUAAUUGUUUAACAUGUCAUGCAAAUGCAACAUUGUAAAUAAGUUCUUAAAUGUGUUUAUGUGAUUCAGGAUAUGUUUGGAAUGGUGAUUCAUGUAUUUAAUGUGAUACUGUAUGUGGUGGAUUAUGUAGAUACAAUGCUAGUAAUUGCUGCACAGCACCAUGUGUUUGUAUGAAAUCCAAUAAUAUUUUAGAAUGUUUAAAUCCUAAUUGUUCAGGCUGUGAUGCCUCAUAGACAUGUACAAUAUGUCAAGUAGGAAAAACAGGUGGAAAUUGUGACUAAUCAUGUGAUGCUAUUUGUAAAACAUGUAAUAUAUCUGAUUCAACUUUAUGUACAUCUUGUAAUGAACCUAUGAUUUUAAGUAGUGGAACAUGUAAUUGUCCUUCAGGUUAAGUUUUAUCAGGUACUUCAUGUGUAAAUGCAAGUAAUAUUUAAUUAUUUAAUUAGUUUGUGCUGCUACAUGUACAAGUACUGGAUGCAUAGAUGGAUAUUAUGGAACAAAUUGUGCAUCCACUUGUGAUUAAAGUUGUAGGAGAUGUUGGGGAGGAAAUAACACUUAAUGUAAUUUAUGUAAAAGUAAUGCUUAUGUUGGUUCAAGUAAUAUAUGUGUGUGUAAUUUUGGAUAUUAUAUGGAUGCAACAUAUAAUUGUUAUAAAUGUAAUUACACCUGUCGAUAUUGUUCUGGUAGUAGUACAUUUUGCACAGAUUGUUAAUUUAUGCAUAGAACAUUAGAUGGAUCUAAUUAAUGUGUUUGUAAUGCUGGAUAUUAUGAUUUUGGAAUUCCUAUUUGUUAACCAACUUAAUCAAUUUGUGGAUUUUUUUGUGGAAAUUGUAGUUUGAUAUCAGGUGUAUAUUAAUGUUUAGCUUGUGCAUUAUCAGGUACUCAUAGAAUAGAUGAUUUAAUUAAUUUUUGUCCUUGUUAAAUUGGAUAUUUUGAUAAUGGAUCUUAAAUUUGUGAAUGUAAUUUAUAUAAAUGAAUUGUUAGAAUGCAAUUAUAAAUGUUCUUCAUGUAGUAAUGCUAUUUCAUGUAUAGAUUGUCGUAGUAACAGUAGUUUACCAAAUUGUGAUUGUGAUAGUGGAUUUGAAGAAUAAGCUUAAGAGUGUGAAUUAAUAUCCGCCGCACCAAGUAAUGUAAUUGUCAUAAAUUAUAAUGCUAUAAUUAUGAAAUAAUAUUGGAGUGAAAAUUGCAAUUUAAGUAAUUUUGCUGAUAAAAUCAGUUGUUAAUGUUUAGAUGGUUAUUAUAUGUAAAAUUCUAAAUGUUUACGUAAAAAUAUAUAUUAUAAUAAUUAUAGCAUGUCAUAGAAAAUGCAAAACUUGUUCUAUUAUUUCAACUAAUUGUAUUGAAUGUUCUCUUAAUUACAUUAAUCCUCCAUUAUGCAAUUGUGUUAAUGGAUAUUAAUUUUAUGAUAAUGUGUGCAUAUCUUGUAAUAAAAAUUGUGUACUUUGUUCUAAUAAUCUAUGUAAUACUUGUAUAUCACCUUUAAUUCUUGAUAAUGAUAAUAUUUGUUAAUGUACAAAUGGAUAUUAUUUUGAUUAAUCUUCUAAUUAAUGUAAUAAUUGUCAAAUAUAAUGCAAUCAAUGUAAAUAUCAAUCAGAUUAUUGCACUAAAUGUAAUUUUAAUAGAAUUCUUCCUUUUAAAUGUAUUUGUCCAUAAGGUACUUAUGAAUUAUCUUUAUCAUUACCAUGUUAAAAUUGUUCAAAAUAAUGUUUUACAUGUUAAACAAAUGGUUCUAAUUGUAUUAUUUGUAGUACUCUUAGAAUUAAUCCACCUAUUUGUAAUUGUUUAGAUGGUUAUUAUGAAGAUACCAAUUUAAAUUGUUUAAAAUGUCAUAAAAAAUGUUAGACUUGUUAAUUAAGUGCAUAAAAUUGUGUUGAAUGCUCAUAAAAUAGAAUAUCUAGUGAAUGUUAUUGUAAAGAUGGUUAUUAUGAAAAUAAUAAUGAAGUAUGUAUUUUAUGUCAUAUCAAAUGUAAAACAUGUAAUGGAUCUAAUGAAUAUAAUUGUUUAACUUGUGAUUCAACUAAACAUUUUAUUUAAUCUAAUUCUACAUGUAUUUGUAUAAAAGGAUAUUAUUAUGAAAAUAAUUAAUGCAAUCCUUGUAUUUAUGAUGUUCUUGAAUGUCAAACUAAUUAUUGUGGUGAUGGUAUCAAAUAAUUAUAUGAAUAAUGUGAUGAUUGGAAUAAUAUAAAUAGAGACGGUUGUAAUUCAUAGUGUUAAAUUGAAGAAAGUUAUUAAUGUACAUUAAUUUAAAAUCUUAAAUUAAGUCCUCUUAUUUACUAUUCAUCAUGCAUUCAAUGCACAGAUGUUAAUUGUAAAUCUUGCAAAGAUAUUAAAAUAUGUUCACAAUGUAAAUCAGGAUACUUUUUAGAUGAUAAUCAAUGCAAUCCUUGCGAGUAAUUAUAUCAACAUAUAUAUAUUUUAUAGUAUCCAUUGUAAAGAAUGUUCAGGACCAUCUAAAAAAUAAUGUACAUCCUGUUUAUUCGAAAUAUUUUCAUAAGGGAAUUGCUAAUUAUGUGAGGAUACUCAAGGUUUAUAUCUUGAAUAGGGUAAAUGUAUAUCAAAAUGUGGAGAUGGUAUCUUAAGAUUAACAGAACAAUGUGAUGAUGGUAAUAAUAUUGAUGGAGAUGGUUGUUCAUCUACUUGCAAACUUGAAUAACUAUGGAUUUGUAAUUCUAAUAAUAAUACUUAAAGUAAAUGUUAAAUUGCUGAUCUCCCUUUAGCUAGUAUUAGUUUUGAAAAACCUACUAAUAUCUAUCAAUCUAAUAGAUAUGGAAUAAUUAAAUUUAAUAAACUUAUGA